AUGGACACUAGUGCUCUAGGAUUGUCCGAGCCUGUAAGAUCAAAGCUAGAAAGCCCAAAGUGUCUCAUGAAGGUGGAAGCCAUGGCUGUUUUGCUGGCCCAAUACGAUGUUUUCUUGAGCUUCAGAGGUGAAGACACUCGGGCAUCUUUUACUUCUCAUCUCUACUCCGCUCUAAGCAAUGUUGGAAUUCUUGUUUUCAAAGAUGAUUUGGACCUUCCUCGGGGAAACCACAUCUCAAUCGAAUUGCCACGUGGAAUUGAACGUUCUACAAUUUCAAUUAUUAUCUUCUCCAAGAAUUAUGCUGGUUCUAAAUGGUGUCUCAAUGAGCUCUCAAAAAUUAUGGAAUUUUAUAGAGUACUAGGUCGGGUAAUUCUGCCUGUGUUCUAUGAUGUGGAUCCGUCUGAAGUUCGUAAUCAAAUGUCAAGUUUUGGAGCAGCGUUUCGAGAUCUUAUACAAAGAAGUUCUCCCACAGAAAAUGAAGUGUCGAGGUGGAGGAUAGAUCUACGUGAAGCUGGGGGCAUUGCAGGGUUUGUUGUGCUCAAUUCCAAGAAUGAAAGUAAGGAUAUCAAGACUAUCGUUGAGCAUGUCUGUAAAAUAUUGGACAAGAAAGACUUGUUUAUUGCUAACCAUCCUGUAGGAGUGGACUCUCGUUUGCAAGAUUUGAUUAAAAUAUCAAAAAGCCAUUCAAUGAAUGAUGUUCUCCUCCUAGGAAUAUGGGGGAUGGGGGGCAUCGGCAAAACAACUAUCGCCAAAGCCAUCUAUAAUAAAAUUGGUCGAACAUUUGACAGCAGAAGCUUUCUUUCAAACAUUAGGGAAGUAUGGGGGCAAGAUAAUGGUCCAAUUAGCCUGCAGCAACAACUUUAUUCAGAAAUCAGUAAAACAACAAUGGUGGUAAUACGUAGCAUUGAUUCAGGAAAAAUCACAUUGAAGGAGUCUCUUUGCCAUAAGAAAGCACUUGUUGUGCUUGAUGAUGUGAAUGAGGUUGAGCAACUAAACACUUUAUUUGGAAGUCGCGACUGGUUUGGUCCAGGAAGUAGAAUAAUAAUCACUUCUAGAGAUAGGCAUCUGCUCGAACUCCUUGAAGUGGAUCAUGUAUAUAAAAUAAAGGAAAUGGACAGAAGUGAAUCUAUUGAACUUUUUAGUUGGCAUGCAUUUAAGCAACUAAGUCCUAAAGAGGCAUUCAUUGACCUUUCUAGAAAUAUAGUUGCUUAUUCUGGAGGACUACCUCUAGCCCUUGAAAUCCUAGGCUCCUAUCUAUUUGAGAGGACGAAGAAAGAGUGGAGAAGUGUACUGGACAAACUAAAAAGAAUCCCCAAUGAUGAGAUACAAAAGAAGCUAAGAAUAAGUUUUGAUGGUUUAGGUGAUGAUAUUGUGAAAGAAAUCUUCCUUGAUGUAUCUUGCUUCUUUAUUGGGAUGUAUAGGAGUGAUGUCACACAAAUAUUAGAUGGUUGUGGUCUUUUCCCAGACAUUGGAAUUAGUGUCCUUGUGGAGCGGAGCCUUGUAACUGUUGAUGAGAAGAAUAAGCUAGGGAUGCAUGAUUUGUUACGAGAUAUGGGGAGGGAGAUAAUCCGAGAACAAUCACCUAAAGAGCUUGGAAAGCGUAGUAGGUUAUGGUUUCAUGAAGAUGUGCAUGAUGUAUUAUCAAAACAUACUGGUACAGGAUUUGUCGAGGGGCUAGCUUUGAAUUUGUCACAAACCAAUAAAGAUUGUUUUUGUACCAACACAUUUAAGCAGAUGAAAGCACUCAGAUUGCUUCGCCUUGGUAAUGUGGAACUUGAUGGAGACUAUAAAUACAUUAGUAGGGAUCUCAGAUGGCUUUAUUGGCGUGGCUUUCCUUUGAAAUACAUCCCUGCUAACCUUUACCAGAAAAAUUUAGUUGCUAUUGAGUUAAAGUACAAUAGCCUCAAACAAGUUUGGAGGGAGCCUCAGUUAUUGGAGAGGUUAAAAAUCCUAAAUUGUAGUCAUUCCCCUUUCUUGAUGCAGACUCCUGACUUCUCAAAACUACCGAAUCUUGAAAAGUUGAUUCUUAAAAAUUGUCCAAAAUUGUCCAUGGUUCAUCCUACUAUUGGGCAUGCCAAUCAACUCCUUCUAAUAAACUUGAAGGAUUGCACUAGCCUUUUCACUCUCCCAAGAAGUAUUUAUAAUUUAAAGUCACUAAAAACUCUUAUCCUAUCAGGUUGUAUAGGGAUUGAAAAGUUAGAAGAAGAUAUAGAGCAAAUGGAUUCCUUGACAACUUUGGUUGCUGAUGACACCGCAAUAACACAAGUGCCCUUAUCUUUACCGACUUGGCAUGAUGCGUUCUUGAGCUUCAGAGGCGAAGACACCCGGGCGUGUUUCACUUCUCAUCUCUUCUCCGCUUUAACUGAUGCUAGAAUUGUUGUUUUCAAAGAUGAUACCGACGUUCCUAGGGGGAAGCGUAUCUCAACUGAAUUGCUAUUUGGAAUUGGACGUUCUACAAUUUAUAUCAUCAUCUUCUCCAAAAAUUAUGCUGGUUCUAGAUGGUGCCUCAUUGAGCUCUCCGAAAUCAUGAAGCGUCACAGAGCACAAGGUCGAGUAGUGUUACCUGUGUUCUAUGGCGUGGAUCCAUCCGUGGUUCAUAAUCAACUCUCUAGUUUUGGAGAAGCAUUUCAACAUCUUAUACAUAAAAAUUCACCCCCCGCAAAUGAAGUGUCGAGGUGGAGGACAGAUCUCCGUGAAGCUGGGGGUAUUGAAGGGUUUGUCAUGCUCAAUUCCAAGAAUGAACGAGAGGAUAUCCAGAAUAUUGUUGAUUGUGUUUGUGAAAUAUUGGACAAGAAAGACUUGUUUAUUGCUAACUACCCUGUCGAAAAGGACUCUCAUAUGCAACAUUUGAUUAGAAUGUCAAAAAGCCAUCCAACAAAUGAUGUUCACAAGUACGAUGUGUUCUUGAGUUUUAGAAGCAAAGACACUUGGGCAUCUUUCACUUCUCAUCUUUAUGCCUCCUUAGGUAAUGCUGGACUUGUUCUUCCCAGAGAGGAUGACGACCUUUCUAUGGGGAAUGAUAUCUCAAUCCAAUUGCCACUUGAAAUUGAACGUUCUACAAUGUCAAUCAUUAUCUUCUCCAAAGAUUAUGCUGGUUCUAGAUGCUGCCUCAACGAGCUGUCCAAAAUCAUGGAGCUUUACAGAGCAGAUGAUCAGGUAGUCUUGCCUGUGUUUUAUGGCGUGGAUCCGUCUGAAGUUCGUAAUCGACUCUAUAGUUUUGGGACUUCAUUUCAAUUGCUUAUACAAGAAAGUUCACCUACAAAAGAUCAAGUGUCGAGGUGGGAGACUGAUCUCCACGAAGCUGGAGGCAUUGCAGGGCUUGUUGUGCUCAAUUCCAAGAAUGAAAGUGAGGAUAUCAAGAAAAUUGUUGAGCAUGUUCGUAAAAUGCUGGACAAGAAAGACUUGUUUAUUGCUAAACAUCUCGUUGGAGUGGACUCUCGUUUGCAAGAUUUGAUUAACAUAUUACAAAGCUAUUCAGUGAAUGGUGUUCUCCUGCUAGGGAUAUGCGGGAUUGGGGGUAUCGGCAAAACAACCAUUGCCAAAGCCAUCUAUAAUAAAAUUGGUCGAACAUUUGAGAGCAAAUGCUUUCUGCCAAACAUUAGGGAAGUUUGGGGGCAAUAUAAUGGUCCAGUUAAGUUACAGCAUCAACUUCUUUCAGAAAUUUGUAAAACAACAACGAGUGCAUCGCGUAGCAUUGAUUCAAGAAAAAUCACAUUGGAGGAACUUCUUCCCCAUAAGAGAGCACUUCUCGUAAUUGAUGGUGUGAAUGAGGUUGAGCAACUAAAUGCUUUGUUUGGAAGUCGGAAAUGCUUUGGUCCAGGAAGCAGAAUAAUUAUCACUACGAGAGAUAAGCAUCUGCUCAAACUCCUUAACAUGGAUCAUGUAUAUACAAUGAAGAACAUGGAGAUAUGGGAAUCUAUUGAGCUUUUUUGUUGGCAUGCAUUUAAGCAACCAUAUCCUAAAACAGGUUUCAUUGACCUUUCUAGAAAUAUAGUUGCUUAUUCUGGAGGAGUACCUUUAGUCCUUGAAGUCCUAGGUUCUCAUUUAUUUGAUAGGGAAGAGAAAGAGUGGAUAAGUGUACUGGACAAACUAAAAAGAAUCCCCAAUGAUGAGAUACAAGAGAAGCUAAAAAUAAGCUUUGAUGGUUUAACUGCGACGGAAAAACAAAUCUUCCUUGAUAUAUCUUUCUUCUUUAUUGGGAUGGAUAGGAGUGAUGUUACACGGAUAUUGGAUGCUUGUGGAUUUUUUUCAGACAUGGGAAUAAGUGUCCUUGUGGAGCGGAGCCUUGUAAUUGUUGAUGAGAAGAACAAGCUUAGCAUGCAUGAUUUGCUGCGAGAUAUGGGGAGGGAGAUAGUCCAAGAACAAUCACCAAAACAGCCUGGAAAGCGUAGCAGAUUAUGGUUUAAUGGAGAUGUGCUUGAUGUCUUAUCAAAACAUACUGGUACAGAAUUUGUCGAGGGGCUAGCUUUGAACUUGUCACAAACCCAUAAAGAUUGUUUCUCUACCAAAGCAUUUGAGAAGAUGAAGUCACUCAGAUUGCUCCGUCUUGAUAAUGUGGAUAUUGAUGGAGACUAUCGACACAUUAGUAGAGAUCUCAAAUGGCUUUGUUGGCAUGGCUUUCCUUUGAAAUACAUCCCUGCCAAUUUUUAUCAGGAAAAUUUAGUUGCUAUUGAGUUAAAGUACAGUAACCUCAGACAAGUUUGGAGGGAAACCCAGUUAUUGCACAGGCUAAAAAUCCUCAAUUGUAGUCACUCCCCUUCCUUGAUGCAAACUCCUGACUUCACAAAACUUCCAAAUCUUGAAAAGUUGAACCUUAAAAAUUGUCGAAGUUUGUGCAUGGUUCAUCAUUCCAUCGGAUGUGCCCAUAAACUUCUUCACAUAAACUUGAAGAAUUGUACCAACCUUCGCACUCUCCCAAGAAGUAUUUAUAAUUUAAAAUCACUAAAAACUCUUAUUCUAGCUGGUUGUGCAAUGAUUGAAAGGUUAGAAGAAGAUAUAGAGCAAAUGGAUUCCUUGACAACUCUGGUUACUGAUGAGACUGCAAUAAGACAAGUGCCAUUUUCUUUUGUGAGGUUAAAAAGUGUUGGAUUUAUAUCUAUUGGUGGCUACAGCGGAUUGUCAAGUGAUGUGUUUCCUUCUCUCAUUUCAUCAUGGAUGUCCCCAACAAAUAAUCCUUUAUCUCUUAUCUCAACAUAUGUGGGCAUGACAAUUUCCUCGGAUAUAUUGAAUAGGAAUAUCCCUAGUCCUUCAUCUAUUUGUGACAACCAGUCAAAGCUACAAAGCCUUUUUUUGAAAAUCACAUCAGAGAAUGACCCUGAAGUUACUCGAGGUGCUUCAAAAAUUCUGGAGUCCUCCCAUGCUAGAAUUUGCAUGGACAAGGCAACAGUACCAAAUACUUCAAAAAUCUUAGAGAUUGAAUCUUCUGUGUUAUCUGGUCACACCUCAAGAUCAGAAAAUUGCUUGAGACAUCUUUUAAUUCAGAUUGGAAAUAAUGACCAAGUCACUGCUACGCUUCUAGAGAAUAUCUCACAGGGAUUGACUACCAAGAAUUACGGUGAUGAUUAUGUCCUUCCUGGUGACAAUUAUCCUUAUUGGCAAAGUUUCAAAGGUCAAAAAGCUUCUGUGAAAUUUAAAGUGCCUCAAGUUAGCAGCUUUGAUUUGAAAGGGAUAAUUAUUUGUUGUGUAUAUUUCCCUUCAUGUGAUUUGGGUAACAAAGCCUGUGAAUCUUGUAUUAGCCUAAUGAUCAUAAAUUAUACAAAGAAAACCACUCUACACUACAGGCAAGAUUCACUGACUUCGUUUGAAGAAGCAGAGUUGAAGGAAAUAAUAUCAAAUCUUGACUCAGAUGACCAAGUUGAGGUGAUUAUAGCUUUUGGUAAUGGGUACACUAUGGAAAGGACAGCAGUCUACUUGAAGUAUUAUGAGUCAUUUGAUGAACAAAUAGAGCAUCUACCACCACCAAGUAAAGAAAUUGAUGAGAAGCCCAUGCAGACUUAUGUCAGGAGGAGGAAGCGACAGAAGAUAGAUUAA